AAGGCUUGCUGGAAAGUCAGCGAAAAAUAAAGUCAGCAAAAAUGUUGUGAGUCAUAAGUUCAAGUGGUGGCGGCUAGCAAGGUCUUCUCUGCUGGCCUAAAGUCAGAAUAAACUUCUCUAACUGAACCACUGACUUAUGUUUUAUUAUGUUUUUGUCCAUGAAUAUGUAUUAGGUCUUCCAGGGAAAUUUAUGUCCUGGAUUUAUCAGCAUAGUAUCCUGUCCUGGACAACAUCUCGUGCAGGCUUUGGCUACUUCUCUGGUGUGAGAAUUGACAAUGCUGAAGGUAAAGAACGUCAACAUCUUGUUCAGCAGGAAGUGUGGGCAGGUGUUGAGGAAGUAAGAGCCAGAUGGUUCAAUGGGGACAGCAAGGAGCUUGGCCUAGAUGGGUAAAUGUACGGCAACAUGUGACACAUAACUCUCUUCACAGGUCAAGGCAACCCACCCAUGCUUUGUGAAAGAGCAAGAUUGUGAACAAGAAGUACAGCUAGCACUAGUCCAAGGAGGGCAGCAUAGAAACCUCCAUCAAAGACACUACAACAAGGAAAAAAGACAAGAGUCAAGCACACCUUCCGAAUGAAACUCAGUCACCAGGUGCCAGUGACCUAGUUGCUGCUCUUGAGAGAAAAAUGGGUUGAGUGCCUCCCAGCAUUAAAUGACACAAAGGGAAUAAGCUAAUCAGUAACCUGACUAGAGGGGACUGCCUGUGCCACAAAGCAACAAGGAAACCAUUAACUGAGCAUGAGACAUCGAAUACAAUUAUCAAAAACAUUAGCGGAGGACUAAUACAAGACAACCAAUGCACUGCAAGUGUUGCAAAGAUGAAGAACCAGUCUGUCCACCACCCACCAGAUCCCUCCCACAUCCCCUGAAACUUAUCCAGGCUUCUUACGAAUAUGUUAUUCAGUUUUAUUCGGGCGAUGCUCUCGAUUGUUGGAAAGGAAAGGAGAGGACAUGGCAAAAGGCACAACUGUAAGAGCCAUGAUUCAUCUGUUGCUGCAUUUAGGGUUUUGCACCUCCAGGUUCUGUCUCUCUCGCCACUAUCACUUCAUCGACGAGUAUAAAACGUGGGCUGAAGCACAGAGAUACUGCCGAGAGAAUUAUGUUGACUUAGCCAGUGUUGAUAAUGCUGAAGAAGAGCUGGCCCUUAUUAAAUCAACAGACAUCAGGAGCAGCAAGCAAACCUGGAUUGGACUUUAUGAUGAUCGGACAAGCUGGAAAUGGUCUCUGGAUGAUGAUAAUAAUGAUGAUGAUGCUUUUUACCAGGGAGAUGAAGAGAAAUGCUUCAGAAACUGGUUUAUACAGAAACCAGGGAAAUGGGAUGAAAACAAAUUAUGUGCAAUCUUUUUAAGUUUUAACGGAGCAUGGCAGGAGAAUGACUGCUCUCAGGUGCUUCCUUUCGUCUGUUUUGAUGAAAGCAGAACCACCAGUGAGAAGUACGUCGUGGUUAAUCAGUACAUGACCUGGACUGAAGCUCAGAGAUUCUGCAGAGAACAUUACACAGAUCUGGCUAGCGUGAGGAACGAAAAUGAGAACCAGAACAUAAGAUCAUUAUUGUCUAAUUAUUUUUCAUAUUAUAACAUUGUUUGGAUCGGCCUGUACAGAACCAGGUCUUGGUCAGAUAAAAGCAACUCUACUUUCAGCAACUGGAAAAUAGGACAACCAGAUAAUUAUGGACAGAGUGAAUAUUGUACUGCGGUGUCAUUUAUUGAUUCCGAUAGUGGGAAAUGGACAGAUGAAAACUGUAAUCAGACGAUCCCAUUCCUUUGCUACAGUAAAUCGUCAUCAGCAUCUACCCAUGUGUACCACUUUGUAAAUAAAAGUAAAACCUGGCUGGAUGCACAAAGUUACUGCCGAGGGAAUAACACUGACCUGGCUACCAUUAAUAACAUGGAGGAAAUGAACACACUACUUAAAACAGUAAAUGCUAGCUAUUCAGGUUUGGCAUGGAUUGGACUGUAUGAUGAUUUGGACAGCUGGAGAUGGUCUCUGGAUGAUGAUAGUUUCUACAAGGAAGGAGAGAAACUGUACAGGGGGUGGUACCAGGAACCCAAUAACUACAAUGGAAAAGAGCUGUGUGUUUUUAUACAGUCUGAUGGGACAUGGGCUGAUGGAGACUGUAACAAUUAUAUGACUUUUGUUUGCUAUAAUGGAAGAAAUGGAACAAACGAUUACAUCUGGGUUAAUCAGAAUAUGAACUGGGCACAAGCUCAGCAUUACUGCAGGCAAUAUCACAAAGACCUGGCCAGUGUGAGAAAUCAAGCAGAUAAUAAUAAAAUCCUCAACCUCGUAUUGAGCUCUCAGGCUUGGAUCGGCUUAUACAGGACCAGGCUGUGGUCAGACCAGCAUGGUUCUACAUAUGAAAACUGGAGACAAGCCACCCCUUAUAUUCUUGAACAACCAGACAAUGGUUUAUAUGACGAUUGGAAACAUGGCAUUCAGCAAUGUACAGCUGUAUCACUUGAAGAUUCAGGGCAGUGGACAGAUGAAGAUUGCUUAGCAACGCUCCCUUUCAUCUGCUAUAACAAAUACUGUGCAGGGUCAUCAUGCAAGCAUCAGUAUCAUUUUGUUCCUGACAGUAAGAUAUGGACUGAAGCGCAGAGUUACUGCAGAGAGAACUACACUGACCUGGCCACCAUUAAUACCAUGGCAGACAUGGGGAAGCUGCUUGACACAGUAUAUGGCACCUAUUCUGGUCUAGCCUGGAUUGGACUGUAUGAUGAUUUGAAUAGCUGGAAAUGGUCUCUGGAGGAUGAUCUUUUCUACAAGGAGGAAGAACGAAGCUUUAGAAACUGGUUUCAAUACAAACAGAGGAAUUGGUUUGGAAAUAGCUUGUGUGUAUACUUUUCAAGUUUGGAUGCAAUCUGGUGGGGAGCUUCGUGUUAUACCCAAAUGGCAUUUAUAUGCUUUGAUGCGAGGACUUAUGCCGGUGAAAGACAUGUCUUUGUUAAUCAGUACCUGAAUUGGACUGAAGCUCAGAGAUACUGCCGAGAUCAUUUCACAGACCUGAUCAGUGUGAGGAAUGAGACCGAAAACCAGAAAAUAAGAUCCUUAUUAUUUAAUUAUAAUUAUGCUGGCAGCGUGUGGAUUGGCUUGUACAGUACAAUGUUUUGGUCAGAUAAGAGCGACUCUUCUUUCAGCAACUGGUAUCCAGGGAAACCUGAUAAUUAUGGACAGGUUAAAUACUGUACUGCUGUUUACACUAAAUCUGGGAAAUGGACAGAUGAAGACUGUGUUCAAGCAUUUCCAUUCGUUUGCUACAUUUCAACAGCAUCAAUCUCCCACAAUUAUCAGUUCGUCAAUGAAAAUAAGACGUGGACUGAAGCCCAGAGAUACUGCAGAGAGUAUUACACUGACCUGGCUACCAUUGAUAACAUGGAUAAAAUGAACAGCCUCUUCGACACAGUAAAAGACAGCAAUUCCGCUUUAGCCUGGAUUGGACUCUAUGAUAAUCAGGAUGACUGGAGGUGGUCUCUUGAUGAUGAUAAUUUCUAUAAGGAGGGUGAGAAAGAGUUCAGAGGAUGGUACCAUGAACCCAAUAACAAUGAUGGAAAAGAACUUUGCGUUUCCAUGUACAAGACGGGAGAAUGGUUCGAUCAGCCAUGUAUUAAAAAACAGGGAUUUGUGUGCUUUAAUGGCACAAACAACACAUACGUAUGGAUUUCCGAGGGAAUGACCUGGGAAGAAGCACAGAGAUACUGUAGAGCAAAGCACACAGACCUGGCCAGCGUGAGGAACGAAACCGAGCUUCAGCAGAUACUGAACAUCACACAGGGCUUUGAAGUAUGGAUAGGUCUUUAUAGGAACCGGUUAUGGUCAGAUCAAAGCAACUCAACUUUUACAUUUUGGAGACCAGAGUUUCAACCACAUAUAAUAGCAGAACCUGAUAAUGGUUUGUAUUCCUAUGGACAAUUCGGAAAUCAGCACUGCAUCGCUAUGGAUUCAACCGGCAAAUGGACUGAUGAAAACUGCUUCUCCAGUUUCCCUUUCUUCUGCUACAGCGUGUCCACUCCAGAUGCUGUAAUUGGACUGCAAAUGAAAAUAAAUGUGCGAGGAAACUUGCCGGACUCACAGAUUAAAACCCGGGUAUUGAUUCAACUUCAACAAGAAUUAACCAGACUGGGGAUGUCGGGGAAAAUCACUCUGAAAGUGAGAAACAUCUAUAAGAUCAGCCUGUAAAGGAGAAAGGCAUUCAGAAGCAAUUUAAUUUCAGAAUACUAAACUUAGAACUGUACAAGGGUUUAUGCAGAUUAGUCAUUCAUUCGUUUGUUUCAUUUGGGUCAGGUAUGCUGUGUGCUGUAAUACUUUUUCAUUAGAUACUUAAUAAAGUCUUAAUAUGAAAAUUAUGGAUAUACAGUAUAUGUGUGUGUGUGUGUGUGUGUGUGUGUGUAUGUGUGUGUGUGUGUGUGUGUGUGUGUGUGUGUGUGUGUGCAUAAUGCAUAUUUGGUCAAAUAAUUAAUAAAAAGAUUUUCAAAUAAUUAUUUUAAUAGAAGCUUAGA